UCUUCCGGGUCUACCGGGUUUGGUGGGAGGCACCCCCCGAAAGGGACCGGCUUUUGCACUGACACGUGAAGCCUGGGAACAGGUGCAGAAAUGGUGAAUUCCUGAGUCUACGUGUUUUGACGAUCAACAACCGCGUUCUGACCAUGAGCAGUUCAUUCUUGGAGAUUUGUGCAGAAGGUUUUGACGUAGCCAUAUCAGCCUACGAUUUGGAAACUACUGCGAAGGUGUUUAUGACCCUAGAGGUAGUUUGCAACAUCGGAUUGGAUGUGGACAUAUGUGGACAAUGUUUCAACAAAUCGCUUGUGCAUCUCUCAUGUAGGACAUUCAAGAUUUGGUUGCUGCGACAUCAGUCUCCAAACCCACCGUUGAAGGAUGACAUCUUCCACCACAUGUAGAAGAUGCAGUGUCCAAGUACAGUGGUGUCCACCAUGCCGCUAGUUUUGACCCUUGACUCUUGGCUCCUGAUCUCUCGCUUGGCCUUUGUGGGGGGUCCUUGCGGUGGCCGAGCAAUGCUAUGGCGGUGGCCAAACCAACCUGGGCUGCCAGCCUUGUGAGGCUUCUGGGCCUGAGCCGAUUUCCUAGGCCCGACGAGGUGCGACCUUCAGUAGAGCGGAGCGUUGAUGUGGCGAAGCUGGUGAGGAGACUGCAGCAGGAGAACCGAGCAGAUGUGAUUUGCAGCCUCUUCAAUGCCAUGAUUGAGGAGACCAGUACGCUGGACGGGCCUCAUUUUACCUUGGCAAUCUCUGCAUGUGCAAAGUCAAGCCUAUGGGCACAGGCCCUCUCCCUCCUCAACAGUAUCCCAGCGGUGCGGAUGGAUCCCAACAUCUUUCAUUUCUCUGCAGCGGUCAGCGCUUGUGAGAAAGCCUCCCAGUGGCCAAGGGCUGUGGAGCUACUCCGUUUCAUGUGGCAGAGCUCGGUGCCGCCCAACCUGGUGACCUUUGGGGCAGCCGUGUCCGCCUGCGAGAAGGCGGGUGAGUGGACGAAGGCGCUGCAGCUCAUGGAGGCCUUGGAGAGCACCCGGCUCCAUGGAGAUGUCGUCCUCUACAGUGCUGCCAUCAGCUCCUGCGAGAAGGGCACCCAGUGGCUCCAGGCCUUGGCCUUGUUGCAGUGGAUGUCCAGCGCCCAGUGUUUGCCCAACCGGGUCUCCUUCAGCGCAGCGAUCUCUGCCUGCGAAAAGGCCUGGCAGUGGCAAUGGGCGCUGCACCUGUUCCGCGCGAUGCCUGCCGCAGGACUGGCGCCGCAGGCCAUCAGCUUUAGCGCGACGAUCAGUGCCUGUGAGAAAGGUGAACAAUGGCCCUUUGCUUUGCAGUUGCUGCGCGAGAUGUCAUCGGCCCAGUUGGCUUACGAUGUGUUCUGCUGCAGUGCGACCAUCAGCGCCUGUGAGAAGGGCUCACAGUGGCUCACGGCUUUGGACCUCUUGGAGUUGAUGUGACUGGGCUGGUGGCGUUGGACUUGGUGAUGCCAACACUUGGAAGGCAACGGCAGCAGGUGUCUCCCAACCUCAUCAGCUACACUGCAGCCAUCGCAGCAUGUGCACGUGCUCAGCAAUGGAGGUACGCCUUACAUCUCUUUGAUGUAAUGAGGCAGCGGCAGAUUUCUGCAGACCAUAUUUGCCGCAACUUGCUGCUUCAAUGCAUGUCGAACCAAAAAAUCUACGAACUGUUCAAGUCUUCGAAGGGCGAAGAGUGAAUAUGUUUGGUGGGUGUUCAGACAGAUUCUCAGUUGAAGACCGGUGCGAACGAGCGCUAGCAGUGCCCUGGCAGUGACCGGUGCGAACGAGCUCUGAACUAGAUUCCCUUUACAUGUGUCUUCAGGGAAGACGCACCUUCAAAUCAGCCAGGAGCCUUUAGCAAUACAGAGAAAUCAGAGCUCCAAGCGAGGAAUGAUA